AUGCGACGGACGGCCGUUUGUCUCGUCCGCGGCGGGCAAGGCGGCGGAUUUUUGAGCCGAAUCCUCGGGAAGAAGCCAGAUCCACCGGCCGACCAUACUAUGUCUGAACAACAAAAGGAGGCCCUAGCAAAAACGCUGGGCAAGCUGCGAACCGACGUGGCGCGGCCGCGAGACGAUUCGGCACAGACUGCGUCGUUUUCCGAUGAUCUCAUCGAUUCGCGCAUUGACAUCGAUGCUAUUCGGGCCCGCGGUGUAAUGAAGUACCGCUACAACUACACCCCUCCACACGACAUCGAGGAACGGGUGCUCAAGUUUGCCGGAUCGAUUCUAGGCACUCGUACGUUGGAUCGAAAGCUGGAAGAUAGUCAAGAAAAAUUCAAGCUAAUCAGCGCCAUCGGGUCGGAGCUGAACCAUUUCCCCACAAAUUCCCGGCUGCAUCAGAUCAAAACCGUGGCAGACUUGGCGGCUUUCUACGAGGAGCCUGUGAAGAAUGUUGAUGAUUACACGAAAAUGGCUAGGUCUACAAAACUCCCGCCGAAUGUUAGCAUGGCCGAGCAGCCAGCGCGCUUCAACCCUGAAGACAAGGAUGCUUGGCAUGGAGGUGUAACCGCCUACCCGGGAGCCGGCGGGAAAGUUUACGGCCUGCGGAAUCAGCGGAUACUAAGGCAAUACCAGCCCAAGUCCGAGUGGUACGAUUAUGAAGAUACGGACUACGAUUAUACGCGCGUCGACAAGGAUAUGCCGUGGGACAAGGAGGUGGCCGAGAAGAUGGAUAGAUACCCGGAUCGGCGAUAUAGCCUCUCCCGCAAGGCUUUCCAGCGAACCGCC